AUUUCAUUUGCUUAUCAUCUCUCUCUGUAUAUAUACACUCAUUUCUCCCUCUAUUUUCCUUCCCACCACUCCUACAAGUAAAAAUUCCAAACACCCAAAACCAAAAAUCCUCUCCUCUCAUCUUUCCCUUCUACAGAUUCAUCGAUAUCUGUUCUCUUCCGCAGCAAAUCUCUGAGAAAAAAGAAAGAGGGUUUUUGGCCUGAACAUGUCUUUCGUGUAUACAUUCUUCAUCCCUGAGGAGGCCAAGGUGGAAGAAGAAGGCGAGUGGGAGAAGGAAAGAUAGAGAACAAGUAAAGUGGUUGAUAGCUGAAAAGUGAUUUUCAGCGAGCACUUCUGUUUGUAUUCAAGAUCCUGUUUGCGUAUACCUCGGUGUUGAUCUCCUUCAGCUAGCUGGGAUGUCGACGAGUAUAAUUAGUGAUUCAAUGGUGAUAACCCCCGGCCCUGACGGGCCCGCCGUUACUGGGGCUGUGAGUAAGAUUUCGGGCCAAAUCGAUGUGGAUUUUGCGAAAUGCGAUUGCUGCGGGCUUACGGAGGAAUGCACCCUUUCAUACAUUGAAACGAUUCGGGAAAGGUAUGGUGGCAAAUGGAUCUGCGGGCUUUGUGCAGAGGCUGUGAAAUAUGAAAUCUUGCGUUGUCAAAAGCUAAUAAGCCCGGACGAAGCGAUGGCCCGGCAUUUCAGCUUCUGCAACAAGUUUCGGGCUUCAGGCCCACCACAGGAUCCUACUGUACAUUUGAUUCGGGCUAUGACGCAGGUUCUAAGGAAGAGUUUGGAGAGCCCGAAAUCUAUGAGGUCAAUGCCCAGCAGCCCGACGAACAAAAGAGGGGAGCUCGACAUGAAGGGCACUGUCUUGGCCCGGUCGGAGAGUUGCAUGCCAAGUUUAACCCUGGUCGAUGCUACGGCGUACUGUGGAGUGGAUGAAGGCUAUGAAUGAGGGUAGAGGUGAAUAUGGUAAUCUCAGAAGUCAAGAAAAAGAAAAGAAAGAAAAAUUUGAGAAGAAUGAGAAAGCGAAAAAGGCAGCAGUGUAGUGCUUAAUUUUGAAUAUAUGAUCUGUAAGUGUAAACAGAAUAAGAUAUCAUAUCAUGGAAUGAAAAAUGAAAUGCUAGUAGUAAUCUUCUUGUUUGAA